UGCGGCGCCGCGUGAUUCGCGUAUCGUUGACGACAGAAAUAACCCCUUUGUUUGCUUAUGGGGACACUAGAGGCGAAAUCCAGCAUUAUGAUUCUACGUUCCUGUCGUGUGGACCUAAACGACAUUGCAUGCUCAACGCGCAUGUGCCUUGCAUUGCAGCGCCGUUUUCAACUAGCAUGCGAGCAAAGCAAAAGGGCGAAAAAGGGAACGAAAAAGAAACAUUAUUGCACCGAAACAAUCACGUGUGCCUGAACCCUGAACCGAGAUGCCUUCGCCGGAGAAGACACCCAUCCCACCAGCCGCAAAGCCGCGGUUUGGCAACAACUUCGAUCCGUACAACUCCAGCGCCACAGGACAUCAACGACCGGAUCAUGUACCGGGGACAGGAUGGCGAAACAGCCGCGCCCGCAAGCUUUCGGAGCAGUUUGCGGGCGGUCACUCUGGUGGUGCCCGCAUGAGUGACACCUACGGCGCCGGGAGCGAGGACUUUGACGAGAAGCUGAAGAUGGUGGUGCCCAAGGACGUCAAGGCGAGGGCGAAGACGAGCGUGGCGGACAUGUUGGCGCGGCCAGGGCUGAUGAGGAGCGGCUCGUCUGUCUCUGAGACUGGCUCCGCGACAUCCAGCACGUCUGUUGCAGCGCCGGGUGGGUUGAUGGGGAGGAGUGAAGAGGAGGUAAUGAAAGCUCGGCGGAAGGAGGACGAAGAUGCCGAGGCGACGAGGGCGGUUGGUAGGGGGUUGUUCGAGGGCGUCACGGUAUACGUCAACGGGAGCACGCAUCCCAUCAUCUCGGAUCACCGACUCAAGCGCGUCUUGGUCGAGAACGGUGCGCGCAUGUCUAUACAUCUCGGACGGAGGCAGGUUACGCAUGUCAUUGUCGGGAGACCGGCAGGCGUAGGCGCUGGAGCUGGCGGAGGACUUGCGGGCGGCAAACUUGAAAAGGAGAUUCGCAGGAUUGGCGGGUCUGCCGUCAAAUAUGUUGGCGUCGAAUGGUUGGUUCUUCCUUGGGUAAUGGAGAGCCUCAAGGCGGGAAGUCGAUUACCCGAAGCACGCUUCGCUCCCCUGAAAGUUGCGAGAGAAAGCCAGCGAAGUGUCUAUGGAAUAUAUGGGGAGCAGGCCUCCAGGGAGUCCCCCGCUAGAUCAGCAAGUUAAUGUAGUUGGUUCUUGAAGUAUUGACGACGUCAGCGAACGUGGACGGUUUCCAAAUAUUGCAUUGAUGGGUCACUGGAGGCACAACGAUACCAGGAAUACAUUGGGUGGCAUGCUGUGGUUCGGCAUAUGAGGCGUUGGUUAGGAACUACUCUUGUUGACUACAACAUUUGGAACUUCAUUACUACCACUACCGUUUCG